AUGAAGUUGAAACUUGGAAAAAGAAAUUUAUAGUUUUAAAUAAAAGAUUAUCAUAACACUUAAGAAGAUUUAAUGUUGGUUCAAGCUGAGGUUGAUGCAUUUAAGUAAAGAGGAAAUGCAACAGUAGUUAAAGUAAUUAUUUUUUUUUCUUAAUCUAAAAGUUAUGAGAUUCCUAAAGCAAAUUUAUUUAAGGAGAAUAUUUUAAAUACUAAAUAAAGUUAAGUCAGCUAAUCCAGUCAACUUAUUGUUAGACCUUUAAAGGAAGUUAAUAUUUGA